CUGUGACUGAACUGAGGUUCGGGGUCCCGCGCCUCGAUCGCGUUGCGGGUUUUGACGCGACGGACAGCCAAGAGAGGCCCCGACGGUCGGACCAUGGAGCGGCAGCCGGAGCAGCGCCCACCGGAAGCCCAGAUCGACGAUGGAUCGGCUGCUUCACUGGCUAUAGCCUAUAGGAAAGGGAUCGCUCUGCCAACAAGAGGAUACUUCUCGUGAUGAAUAUUCAGGGCCAGAGCUUCCAGAGGACAUUUGGUGUCAUAUACAUUCCCUAAUGACGCUCCGAGAUGCUGCUCAUGCUGCCUGUUUGUCUCAUGCUUUUCUACGUUCCUGGAGAUGCCAUCCCAAUCUCAUAUUUGAUCAUGGAAUACUAUUCCAGUUGAGACAUGUCCUCGCCAGCACAGUGAAUCACAUUUUUGAAAAUCGCUCGGGCAUUGGUGUGAAGACACUCAAACUAGAUUUCUCCUGUUACCACGAGCCCAAGGCCUAUUCAUAUCUCCAUAGGUGGCUUCGGAUAGCUGUUACACCAGGCACUGAAAAACUUGUCGUUCUGUCUGCGAGUGAUGUAGCAUUCAACUUCCCAUGGUCAAUCCUAUCUGAUGGGAACGGAAGCACGAUCCGGCAUCUUCACCUUGUUGACUGUGGCUUCCAUCCUACAGUCAGUCUUGUUUGCAUGAGGAGCCUGACAGUGUUGCAUUUCGAUCGUGUGGCAGUUACGGGGGACGAGUUAGGGUACCUUUUCUCCAGCUGUGUUGCUUUGGAGCAGUUGAAACUCAGGAGAUGCUCCAAGAUAACUUGCUUGAAGAUACCUUUCGAGAUGCAGCGGCUCAGCUACCUGCAGGUGUCGGUAUGCCACAAACUGCGAAUGAUAAAGAAUGAAGCUCCAAAUAUUUGUAGUUUUGACUUUUUAGGUGACCGUAUAGAGAUCUCACUCGGAGAUUCACUGCGACUGAAGAACCUAGAUGUGCUGUGUAACAACGUCCUCCGUAAUGCACGUGAAGAGUUCCCAUCCAGUGCGCCGAAUCUUGAAACUCUUAGCAUAUUUUCACGUCACGAGGUAGCCAAUACAGCCAUGGCGUUCGCGCCUAGCAAGUUCCUCCACCUGAAGCACUUGAGUAUUUCUAUUGCAGUGGCCUACGAUUAUUUGUCUCUGGUUUAUUUUCUUGAUGCUGCUCCGUCCUUGGAGACGUUCAAACUGCAUGUACUGAUAGGGUUGCGACCCGCCGAUGAACUGCGUUUGGAAGAUCCCUCACAUCUUCGGCAGAUUCCAGGAUACCGACAUGACAAGCUUCGGAGUGUGAAGAUCUCUACGUUCUACUCUUCAAAGGGGAUGGUUGAGCUGGUGUCCCACGGAUUGUAGUUUCAGGUGUUCUGGCGACGGAUCUACCAGAUGCUCCGGCUUGGUUAGACCCUGGGAAGCCGAUAAAGCAGUCUUGGCAAUCGAAAAAUACAUCAAGGGGAAAGUUCCCUCCACGGUCAAGCUAGAUGUUGGGGAGCCCUGCAACCGGUGUCAUGUCAUUCUGCUAGAUGGCGGCGGAUGGAUCAGAGCUUAGUCUCUUACCCACAUAAACGUGGAGGAAAGACAACAUUCAGAUCCAAACACAUCUUGAGAGCGUUACUAAUGCUAGCUGGUGUUUGACUGUCAGCAGUGGGUAUAGAUCUUGUUUUUCAAGUUGGAAUGGUGAGGGAGUGGCAUGUUGUUUCCUUAUAGUUUUCCACUCCGGCCCGUCACUUUUUACUUGUACUGUUGUACAUCGACCACCCAUUUCAAGUUGCUCGAUGUACAAGUAAAAAGUGGCGGGUGUUUGAUAGCGGUUACUUGCUCAUUGUUUCAUCUUGACAAACAAAAUCUAUAUCAUCUCGAUGUGGACCUAAUAUGCAUCUAAUUGCUCGUGUGAGACAGAG